UGUUAUCUCUUCCAUUAAUAUUUCUUCUUCUUCUUCUCUUUCAUUCAACUUUCACCAAAAAUUCAACAUUCAUAUCACAAAAUUCAGCCAUGUUUGUUAAUCUCACACAUCUUCAUCAAAAACCCAUCUGAAAACCCCCAAAAAAUCCGACCCGUUUUACCCAUUUUCAGCCAUGUUUAGCUAUCUAAUACUCUAUCAAAAACCCAUCUGAAAACCAGAAAUUGUUCAGACCCAUUUGCCCAUUUCAUAGAUAAACCCGACCCAUUUGCCCAUUUCUGUAUUUUAGGGAUAGAGAUGUACAAGAAUCAGUUGCAGGAGUUAGCACAGAGGAGCUGUUUCAAUUUGCCCUCUUAUGUAUGUAUAAGAGAAGGUCCUGAUCACGCGCCGCGGUUCAAGGCCGUCGUUAACUUUAACGGCGAGAAUUUUGAGAGCCCUCAUUACUGCUCAACACUCCGGCAAGCUGAACACGCCGCCGCUGUAGUUGCACUUAACGCUUUAUCGAACCGUGGUCCUUCUCAUUCUCUAGCUGCGCGUAUACUUGAUGAAACAGGCGUCUAUAAAAAUCUGUUGCAAGAGAUAGCGCAAAGAGUUGGAGCUCCUUUGCCUCAGUACACAACAUAUCGGUCAGGACUUGGCCACCAACCCGUGUUUACAGGGACUGUAGAAUUGGCUGGAAUCACGUUUACUGGUGAACCUGCCAAGAACAAAAAGCAAGCUGAGAAGAAUUCUGCCCUGGCAGCUUGGUCAUCGUUGAAACAAUUGGCGCAGCAAGAUGCAAGUUUAUCAUCUGAACUGGAGAACAAUGAUGAGCAGGAACAGAUCAGAAUAGCAAGAGCCUUACUGAAUUACCGUUUGAAGGAACAGUUAGAAAUGGCCAAAUCUGGCAAGGUGCAAAUACCAUUCCAGAAGAAGUUCCCAAUUCCAUCUCCUCGACCAUCAAGUCCACAGCGUCCUGCAGUCACGUCAUCCAAAAUCCUCCCCUUAAUCUGCCCUAAAACAGUUAAUCGUUACAGAUCGUCCUCUGCGACAAUAAAUGACAGCCAUUCCUCGUUAUCACAGCCGCUGCCACAAUCACAAGCUUCAUCAUCAGAAGGCCGCACUGUUUCCACCCGUAUAUCUCAUGCUCCAGGGGCAGCUCCACCAUAUAUGCCAGUUAGACAAUAUAAUAGGACACCUUACCAUGGUAUUGCUCCGCCUGUUACAAUUAGAACAGCAGUGCCAGUUUUCUCUGCACCACCUCGUCCACAACCAACCGGAUGCCCAACUCAAAUGAUGCAGGCCCGUUCAGUUCGAGUUGCACCACCUGUCUGUAUUAGGCAGGCUAUCCCGGUAUAUGCUACUCCACCAGCCAAAAAGGAAACUGUGGCACAUGCUACUACUACAGCAAGUAGGCCAUCAUCUCAGCCUGAGGAAGCUAUGGCACGAGCUACAAUUGCUCCAAGCAGGCCCUUAGCUCAGCCCAAGGAAACUGGGACCAAUGCUGGCACCGAGGUUGAUGAAUCAACGGCAAUGAAGUGCUUGGAGGAGCUCAGUUUAUGACAAUGGCUUGGUCCUUUGAAUCUACCAAUACCUAUGUCAAACAUUUUUGUUGUCUUCUUUUAGUACUUGGUGCUUGAACAAACAAGGAGAAUGAAAUGCUUGGGAAGUUCAGAGAAUGAUAGUGACUUUGGACAUAGUUAAGCUAUUAAUAUCUAUGUUAACAUUUCUGUAUCUAUUAGUAUAAUUUUCAUAUUUCAAUGUUCAUUUUUAUCUGUUGUGCA